GAAGAUAUCGAGAUGGAUGUUGAGGAGCUUUCAGAGGAGCAGCAGCUGCUACUUGCUGCCAUUAGAAAGAAGAGAGCUAAGAUCAUUCUAGAUCACAGGCUCAAGAAGACUGUUGCACAGAACCGAUCUACUGUUCCAAGAAAGUUUGACAAGGACAAGAAGUACACAACGAAAAGAAUGGGUAGGGAGCUAUCAGCUCUUGGACUUGAUCCAUCUUCUGCAGUGAACCGUGCAAGAAGCAAGUCUAGAGGGAGGAAGAGGGAUCGAUCAGAUGAUGAGGGUAACGACGCAAUGGACGUGGAUGAUGAGCAACAGUCGAACAAGAAGCAGCGUGUGAGAUCGAAGUCUAGAUCUAUGUCGAUCUCAAGAUCUCAAUCAAGGCCUCCUGCACAUGAAGUUGUGCCU